AUGGACGCUCUGUCUCAAGCUGGACUAUCCAUGUCGCGCUCGUCUGCUCAAAAUGCGCUGAAAAAUCCGCUCAAAAGCACGCCUCCUAUAUCGCCGUGCACCUAUCAAAAGUAUGGGCUCGUCAAUCCCAAUAGUAGGCACAACGCCCGUUACCAUGGCCACAAGAGUAUCAGUUUCGAAAACAGAUACGAAGAGAACAUUGUUAUGGUGGGCGCCAGCAUUGUCGGUUCACAGGAAGGCACCCAGGUUACGACCGAGUUACCAGAGGAUUCAGAGCACGAAGACAGAAUCAAAGUCGCUUUCAUUGAGGCCAUUCAGAACGAGCUAGAGGAUCAGGUCGAUGAAGAUCAGGAUUAG